AAGAAGACCCUUUUGUUCCGUCCCUUCGCAUCUUAUUAUUAGGUCUUAAAUAGAGAUUGCGGAAGAGAGGAGAGAAGACGAGUGAAUGGCGCUUAUUAGGGUUCUUUCAAUUGCGAAAAGGGUUGCAAGGCAUCAAUCAUUGCUUAUGCGCUGCGGAUCUCAGCAAUUACUCGGCAACCGCACGGAGACUGCUUCUGCUAUGGUCAAGAUAUUGAAUCAGCCACCACGCCCACUCGUCAGAUUUCUUCACGACUCACCACGAGUUACCAAAGCUUGGGGUUCUUCGACAAACUAUAGUGAAGGAUUGGCAGAACUGGAUAAUUUGAUGGAAGAAGUUAGUGAUAAGAUGCUUGAAUUGAAGAUUGCUGAGGCUCAACUUGCUAAAUUUUGUGCUAGGACAGUUGAAGAAAGAGCUAAACACGGCAGUGGAGUGGUAAACCUGGAUAAUAUUAGGAAGGAAGUUAGUAGAGAGAUGAUGGAGACUAAGCUUGCUGAGGCUAGGGCUGAGCUUCCUAAACUGCGUUCUAGAAUAGUCGAAGAAAGAGCUAAACAUGAACGUAUAAUGUUAGCAGCCAAAACCAGGGCUGAAAAAGAUAAGGUGGUCCCAAUAAUUGCAUCUUCCGUAGGGCUCGUCUUAGCAUGCCUUCCAUUCGUCAAAUAGUUGCUACUCUCUCUUUGAAAGUCUGAGAGUUAGUUUGAUGAGGGUGGGGAGUGAAGCACUUAGUAUAUUAUUGUCCGUAUUUAGCACUUAGUAUGUUAUUGUUUUACUUUUAUACAAGUCUCUAUGUUUUAAUACUUAUUGAGUGAGGUUAUUUCCUUCUGAUUCUUAGUGUUUUUGAUUUAGUUUAAGUUUCUGUUUGAAUGAUGAUGGAGUGGUUCUUGUUUCUGCAUUAUUGUCAACUGAAGAAUAUGAGAGAACCUUUGAGUCA